AUGCAAUACCUCAAAGCCGCCGCUCUCCUCGCUGCACUCAGCCAAGUCGCCUUCGCAGCAGACAUCCCCAUCUGCCGCGAGAACUUCCAAAAAUGCUCCGUCGCCGACGCCACCGGUCUAAAAGGCGCCGUGACUCAAGCAGCAGCCGGCACAGGCGGCAACUUCAUCUUCCCGCCCAGCCCCACAACUUUGACCUAUGGCUCCGGCGAGUGCGAGGUCGGCUUCAUUCCGAACAACUGCGGCGUCCAGUCCUCGGUCGCGGCCGCCGACGUCGCCGACAACAUCCAGGCUAUCAUUGACAAUUGCAUUGCUCCGGAGGCGGCAACUUCGCCAAGUGGCAAAGGGAGCGGAGGGGAGGCUGGCUUUGUCCCUGGACAAGGAUGCCCGGAGGGCAAUGCGCUCUUGAAUCCUGCUAUGUCUCCCGUCAUUUUGAGGGAUAAGCUGGUAAGAACAAGUGCGAAGAUUCAGGAAGGUGCAGGGUAG